AUGAGUAGGGCAGUGUGCAGGCAAUGGCAAGCUCCCAGUGCGAUGCAGUCCACGGCUUGUCCAGUGCGCAGGAGUUCCAAGGGCCGGAAAGCAGAGCGAGCAGGUGCAAUGCUGGCUGGGCUGGGCUGGGCUGGCUGGCUGGGGCAGGCAAGGCAAGGCAAGGCAGCUUCAGGCGGAUUGCGGACUGAGCCACGCAGCUUAGUGGGAGUUGGGAGGGAUGGAUUCAGUCGGGAUCGGUAUCGGUCAGGCAGCAGCAACGGCAGCGGCAGCGGUCAGGCAUCAGUUUCUCACUGCAGCAUAGGCGCAGAGCCACAAGAACUGGCGGGUCGGGACGGUGAUACAGGCACUACCGCGAACGAAGCGCGGCGCGGCACGGCACGGCACGGCGGCGAAACAACCUGGACCAACAUGAACUCCAGCAAGUAUUGUAGUAUACACGCAUGGAUACACAUCGGGUAUGCCCGAAUGCCAGGAUAUCCGAGCAAUAUGAAGCAGCUUAGCGGGAUCUCGCCUCAAAGGGUCGUUGGUGGACCACAUCACUACCAGCAAGCACGAAAGCAAGCACUACUGCCGCUGCGCAAAUUGGCCGACAACGCAGCUGGCACAAACGAGGACGAGGGCGGUGGCGCUGGAAAGAAAUGCUGGAGCUGUGAUGGAGUCCGCCAAGGCAUCCCACGCUUGGCGGCAACAAUCAGCCUCACAUCUAGGCUUAGUAGUCACUACGAAAUCGCUUCUACACGCGAUUUUCUGGGGCUCGGGGAAGUGGCCAAGGAAGUAAUCCUGUCUGGCACCGCGGACCUACUGGCAACUGCGCCUUGGCGUGACCAAGUCAUCCAAAGACCUAGCGUUUCAAACAUCCUCACACAACAGACCCUGGUCAGUGGUCACCGCCACAUCGCUGUGAAUCAUCCGCACAUGAAUAAUAUGAUGCCCGGCCGGCCCGCCCGACCCAAUCUGUCGUUGAGAUUUGAGCAUCCACUGCCGCGGUUCUUGCUCCAAGGGCUUAGGGAAAUGCUUCUGUAUGAUAAUGUCCUUCCACUAUCAUCGAACAAAUUCGCCCUUACCACCAACAUCGCCGUCUACGAGCAAGUAAGGAGUAGCGCUCACCUCCAACACGAUCCUCUCGUCCUUCCCAGACAACAAAAUCCCGGUCGACUUCGCAUCUGCCGCAUAAGCAGAAAGCGGCUAGCGCAGCAUGCACCUGGCAGUCCUUUCCAGCUCACAAAAGAAUGGCGUACCGAGACAAUAAUCAACGCUUCUUUGAAAAAGACACCCCAAGCCGUUCUUCACCGGUCAGGUGGGACCAUUGAUGAUGAUCAUGUCUUGCAGCGGGCGCUCCAGAACAAUGCCCAACUUCUGUACAACGCAUCGUUGCAUCAUGAUCGUUCACCUCCUGCAGGAAUAAUACACGUCCAUAGCAAGCAAGCUUUGGAAGGAACUGUUGGUCUGAUCUAUCAAGCUCUCGCCAGGCAUGCUUGGAUGAGCGACAAGAAAAUGCGGUCAAAAGUUGAGAGGCUUUGUGGAGUUCAGAAGGAACACUGGACGCCUUGCGCCAUCCAUGCCUCUGCACUGCCGCAUUUCCAACAACUUCCGGCAAUAAUGGCUUCUAGAAUAAUUCGAACCAGUUUUCGUACAAGACCACGUAUGGCUUAUCCAUUGUGCGUUGAUUUUAAUACGAGGUCCGUGAACCUCAAGAAACAUAUGUCAUUUAGCAGCUACAUAAGCUCAAGGUGUAAGAGAGUGAAGCUACAGCCUCCCUCCACAUCUCCCGCUGCUCACGUACCGUUCGUCCUCUUCAUCCGCCUUCCUCGCCGAAUGAAGUUCAAGAUCACCCAAUUUCUCUUCCCGGUCUUUUUCUUGUUUUUCCCCCUCGGUACCUACCUACCUCGCUCGGCAUCUUCUUCAUUUGCUUUCGGAUUUUGGGAAGAGAUGUUGGUGGCCGGUAUAUCGGCGAUCUUUUCAAGGCAUAUCGCGCCACACGUCGGUCGAUCUGCAUCUGCUAUAAUUGCAUCCUGCGUCACCGAAAACUGAUAUUGAUGUUAGGUUUUACAAGUACGGGCUGUCGCCCGAGCCAAAAUUUCUUGAUGGGAUAAUGGAUUAUAGCAAUGACUGCUCAGCCGGCUGAGCCAUUCGGCGUAGCAGACCCAUUUGCUUUGGCGGCGGUCAUGCCUGGGACGUUGCCAGACUGUCGGCGCUUAGC